AUGUGCGACACUGCUUACGUACCAAAUAACUACAGCACCUGUCAAAAAGAAACAAAUUUUUUAUGCUCUUUGCGACCUAAUCUUCAAUCGUUGGAGAAUUCAUCUUUGGUGCAUAAUCUAUUUAUUGCAAUACAAAUGAUCCCUUAUUUAGGAAUAUUGCACGCUUUAUGUCUGCUUUUUGACCUUGUCAAGCUAUUUACUGUGCACGCGCAUUCGCAUCGGAUUGAUGCAUGUCUGCAUGCACGCAUGAAGCCUCACCUACUCAGCGCGUUAUCACACGAAACAACGACACCCUACCGAUUCCAUUCACCGUGCACGUCACGGAGCCGAAAAUGCGUCCUUAAUAAUAGCGAAUAUCCAACGGCCGGGGCGAAUAGUUCCGGAACUUGA